AUGGAUUUCCCCCACUUCCCUUCAUUUGCAACUGUCAAAGUUCUUUUGUUUAGUUUUUGGCUUAUAACGUUGUUUCCUGAGUUUGUAGUGAGCAUAACAAGGCACUAUACAUUCAAUAUCGAGUACCUCAAUGUCACAAGAUUGUGCCACACAAGAACCAUUCUGAGUGUAAAUGGGAAAUUUCCAGGACCUCGAUUAGUGGCAAGGGAAGGUGAUAGGGUUGUGGUCAAGGUGGUUAACCAUAUCUCAAACAAUGUAUCUAUUCAUUGGCAUGGCAUCCGUCAGAUAACAAGUGGGUGGUCUGAUGGACCAGCAUAUGUCACACAGUGUCCCAUACAAACUAACCAGACAUACACAUACAACUUCACCAUCAUUGGCCAGAGAGGAACUCUGCUUUGGCAUGCUCACAUUUCAUGGCUAAGAGCAACCCUUUAUGGACCCAUUAUCAUCCUCCCCAAGCACAAUCAAUCUUAUCCAUUUGAAAAACCAUAUAAGGAAAUCCCCAUUCUUUUUGGGGAAUGGUUUAAUGUUGACCCAGAAGCUGUUAUAAAACAGGCCUUGCAGACAGGAGGGGGACCCAAUGUUUCAGAUGCAUACACCAUCAAUGGCCUUCCAGGGCCUUUGUAUAAUUGUUCCUCUAAAGAUACAUUCAGGCUGAAGGUGAAGCCAGGCAAGACAUAUCUGCUAAGGUUAAUCAAUGCUGCACUCAACGAUGAGCUCUUCUUUAGCAUUGCAAAUCAUAGCCUAACUGUUGUUGAAGCUGAUGCUACAUACACCAAACCAUUUGACACAGAUACACUCCUCAUAUCACCAGGACAAACCACAAAUGUUCUUCUCAAAACCAAACCAUACUAUCCCAAUGCCACAUACCUCAUGGCUGCUCGGCCUUAUUUCACCGGCGCCGGCACCUUUGACAACUCCACCACCGCCGGUAUCCUCCUUUACGAUCAACCUUUACACCACUCAACUCUUAAAAAUCUCCCCCUUCUCAAACCAACACUGCCACCAAUAAAUGCCACAAACUUUGUUGCAAACUUCACAGGAAAAUUCAGAACCUUAGCCAAUGCUAAAUUCCCUGCCAAUGUACCACAAAAAGUGGACAAGAAAUUUUUCUUCAUAGUGGGAUUAGGGACAAGUCCUUGCCCAAAAAACACAACAUGCCAAGGGCCAAGUAACAGCACCAAAUUUGAAGCCUCAGUGAACAACAUUUCUUUUGCACUCCCAUCAGUUUCCAUCAUGCAAGCCUACUAUUUUGGAAAGUCUAAGGGUGUUUUCAAGACUGAUUUUCCUACAUACCCUUUGAACACUUUCAAUUACACAGGAACACCACCAAAUAACACUUUUGUUAAGAAUGACACAAAGUUGGUGGUGCUGAAGUUCAAUACAAGCGUGGAGUUAGUGUUGCAAGGAACUAGUAUUCUUGGAGCUGAAAGCCACCCUCUGCAUCUUCAUGGCUUUGAUUUCUUUGUUGUUGGACAAGGUUUUGGAAACUAUGACCCCAACAAAGACCCUUCAAAGUUCAACCUGGUUGACCCGGUUCAGAGGAACACUGCUGCUGUUCCUGCUGGUGGCUGGAUUGCAAUUCGGUUUUUUGCAGACAACCCAGGGGUGUGGUUCAUGCACUGCCACCUUGACAUUCAUACAAGCUGGGGAUUGAGAAUGGCAUGGCUAGUAUUAGAUGGACCUGGCCCCAACCAGAAGCUGCAACCCCCACCAUCUGAUCUUCCAAAAUGUUGA